AUGGCCGUCCUCGACGACGAGCAGCCCUGGGGCCACGCCCGCGCCCUUCGCUCCGUUCUUGUUAUCCUGCAGUACUCGUAUCCCGUAUUUCUGCUCGUCUUCUUUCUCGUCGCCUUUACCGCCCGCAGCAUUGCCACCUCUAAUUCUAAUGCUAAUGUCGCCAAACCCACCACCACCGGCCCCGGGGGCAAGCCGCUACCCGCCACCGAUCCCACCCGCAACUUCGUGAAGAAGACGGCCCACGACGACGUUACCCACUCGCAGAAGCUGCUCUUCACCUGGCUGUCUCUGUUUGCUGCCGCCACCUUCGUGGGCAAUGCCGCCGUGAGCGUAACGCACGCCCUUGCCGACCAGACCGACACCUGGUGGGCCGGCAACGACGUUGUGGUCUAUCUGAUCGGCUCCUUCUUCGUCUACUGCCUGUUCCUCAUCUCGCUCAUCGAUUCGAAGCCCUCCCCAACUUCGGCCCACCUCGCGACAUGGAUCGUGGCCGCUGUGCUGGAGGUUGUACUCGUCGGAGUGUCUCUGGCCAUCUACACCCACGCGCAUCACCAGCCUCUGCUGGACCCCGAGAAGGACUACAUCAGCUGGGGCGUGACCCGAUGGGAAGCGGGCGAGGUGGCUUGCGAUGUUUUGCGCAUCGUCAUACUCCUUGCUUUAAUUGGCUUCUACGUGGUUUUCGUGUCACUCGCGCAGCGGAAAUCUUCUCGUGAGUCCGGCGGUGCGAGUGAGACAACUUCACUGCUCGGCGGUGCUGAGCGGGAAGGUAGCGCGGGAAAUGGUCACGCGAACGGCUCCUAUGGCUCGGUCCACCCCGUUGGUGGCAAACACCAACAUACCGAAGGAGCUCCGCCCGCUUGGAGCAGGCCGACAGGCGCACCUGCGCGAAGCUGGUGGGAGUACCUCAAGGGUUACAAGGUCUUCUUCCCGUACUUGUGGCCAUCAAAAGACCGCCGCUUGCAGAUCAUGGUGGUCAUCUGCUUCGUCAUCGUCCUGCUUCAGCGCGUCGUCAACGUGCUGGUUCCUGAUCAGAUUGGCCGCAUAACGGACAGGCUUGAGGACGGGUCCAGAGGCAAUCCAUGGCAAGCCAUUAUGCUCUUCAUUGCUUUUCGCUUCAUCCAAGGCAACAACGGUCUGCUUGGUGCGAUCCGGUCUACGCUCUGGAUUCCGGUUGGGCAGUAUUCGUACCGCGAACUGUCUGUAGCGGCCUUCGAACACGUGCACAGUCUGAGUCUGGAUUUUCACCUCGGCAAGAAGACUGGCGAGGUCCUGUCCGCGCUUGGCAAAGGUAGUUCCAUCAACACCUUUCUGGAGCAGGUGACCUUUCAGGUCGUCCCCAUGCUCGUCGAUCUUGCGGUCGCUGUUGGCUAUUUCCUUUACAAGUUCGACGCUACCUACGCGCUAGUUCUCUGCGUAGUCACGUUCUGGUACAUCUAUCUGACCAUCCGCAUGGCACAAUGGCGGGCGGAAAUACGCCGAGAAAUGGUCAAUGCGGACCGUGAAGAAGAUGCUGUCAAGAACGACUCUAUGGUAUCGUAUGAAACGGUCAAGUAUUUUAACGCCGAGGCGUACGAGUUCAACCGGUAUCGGAACGCGGUGCGCAAGUUUCAAGAUGCUGAGUAUACGGUUCUCUUUUCGCUCAACCUCAUGAACGUCUCCCAGAAUAUGGUCUUCAUGCUAGGGCUCCUUGUUGUUUGCUUCAUUGCAGCUCAUCAGGUUGUCAAAGGCGAGCAAAGGACCGGUGACUUUGUCGCGCUCGUAACAUAUAUGGGCCAGCUGCAAAGCCCGCUCAAUUUCUUCGGCACAUUCUACCGGAUGAUUCAAUCGGCAUUGAUCAAUUCGGAGCGUAUGCUCGAGCUUUUCAAAGAACAGCCGACCGUUGUGGACAAGCCCGAUGCCCAGACUCUCCCAGGGUGCGAAGGUGACCUUCGUUUCAACGACGUCCACUUUUCGUACGAUGAGCGCAAGCCUGCCCUUACUGGUUUAGAUUUCCAUUGCCCACCCGGUACAACGACUGCAUUUGUGGGAGAGUCUGGCGGUGGAAAAUCGACCGUCUUUCGUCUGAUGUAUCGCUUCUAUAAUACGCAAUCUGGCAGCAUCCAGAUUGACGGCCGCGAUGUUGAAGACCUUACCAUUGACUCCGUUCGAAGCCAUAUUGGCGUUGUGCCCCAGGACACGGUUCUAUUCAACGAAUCUCUCAUGUAUAACCUCAAGUAUGCAAAUCAAGACGCUACAGAUGAAGAGGUGUACACUGCUUGCCGAGCCGCAAGUAUCCAUGACAAGAUCAUGACCUUCCCGGACAGGUACGAAACCAAGGUUGGCGAGCGUGGUCUGCGCCUCUCGGGAGGUGAAAAACAGCGUGUAGCCAUUGCCCGCACUAUCCUGAAGAACCCCCGCAUCAUCAUGCUUGAUGAAGCAACCGCUGCCCUUGACACCGAGACCGAACAACAUAUCCAGGAAGCCUUCACCACCCUAGCCCAGGGCCGUACCAUGCUUAUUAUUGCCCACCGACUCAGUACCAUUACACAUGCAGAUCAGAUUCUUGUUCUUCACAGAGGCAAAGUAGCUGAGCGUGGUACCCAUGAGGAUCUUCUUGAGAAGAACGGGCAUUAUGCAGCCAUGUGGAAGAAGCAGAUUCGUGCCCAGAGAGCCGCCGAACAGGCCAAAAUGCUGAAGGACAAAGCAGAUAGACUGCGACGAGAGUCCAAGGACGGUAACAUUGGUCUUGGCGAUGACAGCAGUAGCCAUUCGGCUUCCUCCUCCGAUGACGAGCGGAUGAAGAAGUCGAAGGCAGCUCAACGGGCAAAAGAGGAGCUCGAUAGCCAAACCCCCGCUAAACGACCCGGGCAUCCAUGA